GUGUGUUCACUAAUAAUUGACCUUUAAUGUAGGAGAUCGCCAUCAUGAACGGCAAAGACAAAGCAAAAGAGCCACUGAAGCCAGCCGACUCUGAAAGGGAUGAGAAAGGAAAAGGAACAUGUCAUCUGAGCGACCCCUACUUGAGUGACUUUAUAGAUGACAAUACUAUCGCUGGGAUAAAUAAAAUCUUUAGGGGCAAGUCAAAUCUGAGGAGGCUGAUUUGGGCCAUUAUAUUCAUCGGAUCUUUGAUAGUCUGUACGGUAAUGCUCAGCUUUAGCAUAAAGCGUUUCAUAGACAAGCCAACAGCAUCUACCAUCACUAUUGUAUCUAACACUGAACAAGGCAUAGCAUUCCCUGCUGUAACUUUUUGCAAUCUGAACCUGGAAAGAAACAGUUCUAAUUUUCUUUUGAGAAGCACUUACCAACUGAUGAACUACCUCUACAAUGCUGAUGAGAACUUUCACCUAAGUGGUCUCAAUGAUAGCUAUGUGCUUCAAUUAUGCGAUAAUGUCGUGCGUUCGUCGAGUGAAGAUAUCCUCAAUGCUACAAUAUGGAAUAUUCAGAAUCCUAGCAAGACUAUUGAUGAGUUGAUACAUUACUGUGGCUUUAUUGAAGGAGCUAAUAGUGAAGUCAAACCUUGCAAAGAUGCUUUUAAGCCGAUCCUAACGUCAGCUGGGAUCUGCUUCACAUUCAAUGGUAGCGAUAAUCGUAUUCACAGCACUGGUAUAAGAUAUGGUCUGAAGCUAAUACUGAAUAUACAGCAGAAGGAAAGGCCAUCGUUCAAUGGCAAGUCGGGAGUUAAGCUUGUCAUUCAUAAUGGCAGAGAUAUUGCAAGGCCUAACCUGUAUGGUAUUUCUGUACCACCCGGUCAUGCCAUUGAUGUUGGAGUACGCAAAAAGGCAGUUGAAGAUGAUACCAAUGAAGCUCAGUGUAUUCAUGGAAUGAAUCUUCCUUUCUAUCCAAGUGACAAGUUUGACUAUUCUCAACUUGCUUGUAGAGAAAAUGCUCUUGCUGAGAAUAUAGCUCACAGUAGCAAGUGUAGUUGUGCCAUUGACCGUCCAUCAACUGGUCCUUAUGCAUCCACUCCUAAUUGUACUUUCAGUAAAGCAUGCUGCCUAUUGAAAGAACACUACGAGUUUAAUGCAGAAGAGGCUGACUGUCCAAGUCCGUGUCACUUUGAAUAUUAUGAGUACACUUCUAGUUAUUCAACUUUUCCUAAUGGACUCUAUCUUGAUACACUUGUGAACAAAACGAAUAUGUCCGUCAACGAAAUCAGAGAGAACUUCUUAUCAGUAAAUGUUUUUGUGGAUGAUCUUCAUACAACCACCACCAUCACUCAAUACACAUACGGUGUAGAAGCUCUGUUGGGAGAGGUUGGUGGUCAGCUCGGUCUAUUCAUUGGAGUGAGUAUCAUUUCAUUUUUUGAGGUUUUGAUACUUUGCAUUGACGAAUUGAAAAGACUUUGCUGUAGAGGGAGUGUUAAAAGGACAAUGAAGAAGCUAGAAAAGAUGAUACGUUUACCCGAGAUAGAUUCAGGUGAAACGGAUAAAAGUAAUGAAAUUGAAUUAAAUAGUGUAGAAAUCAUAUCGUGUGAUGAAGAAAGAAGUAUUAAAGAUUUAUCACCUUGUGAUGAAGAUAAUAAAGCUGUAUUACUACCCAUUGAAGAUAAAAGUAAUGAAGUUGGUCUUCAGAGCGUUAAAACUACAGAAGUAUAAAAUUGAAUGCUAAUGUUUUAUUUUUGCAUGUAGAUCUAUGCCUAUUUUAUUAUGCUGCUAUUAUUUUCCGACUGCUAUUAUGCUUAUGAUCUAGAUCUAAUACUUUUCUCUAUUGGGUUAUUAGUUAUGUGUCCACUUCCUGUUUUGAGACUAGGGAAAAUCCCA